AUGGUUGACUAUACAUUAUAUUUAGUCACGGAUUCAACGAUGAUUCCGGAAUCAUCAACAUUUAUUAAACAAGUAGAGGAGUCAAUUAAUAAUGGUGCUACAAUUGUCCAAUUGAGAGAAAAAUCAUUGUCCACAUUAGAUUUCAUAAAUCGUGCAAAAGAAGUACAUGCAUUAACUAAAAAGAAAGGGAUACCUUUGAUUAUAAACGAUAGGAUUGAUGUUGCGUUGGCUAUUGAUGCUGAAGGUGUACAUGUUGGUCAAGAUGAUAUGCCUGCAAACUUGGCACGGCAAUUGAUUGGUAAAGAUAAAAUCUUGGGUGUUACAUGUUCAAUUCCAGAAGAGGUAGAGGCGGUGGUUAAAGAAGAAAUUGCAGAUUAUGUUGGACUUGGUACUGCUUAUGCGACAAAUACAAAGAAAGAUGUAACUGAUCCACUAGGAACAGGACCAAUUGGUGUUCGAAAAAUGUUACAAAUCUUGAAAAAAUGCGAAAAGAAAAUAAAUAGUGUUGCUAUUGGAGGUAUUAAUCAUUCAAAUGCCGAUAAAGUAAUGUAUCAAUGUCAGAUACCAGGUCGAAAAAUUGAUGGAGUUGCUGUUGUAUCAGCAAUUAUGGCAAAUAAAGAUGCUGGAAAAGCGACUAGAGAGUUAAUACAAAUUGUAAAAUCAGAGCCAGUAUGGGCUGCUACAAAGUUUGAAGAGUUAAAUUCUGAUCAAUUAAUUAAAGAAAUGACAAAAUCACAACCUUUAGUUCAUCAUAUUACAAAUAAUGUUGUUAAGAAUUUCAGUGCUAAUGUUACUUUAGCCAUUGGUGCAUCUCCAGUAAUGUCUGAAUUAUCGAAUGAAUUCGAAGAGUUUGCUAAGGCUGUGCCCAACUUAUCAUUGGUUUUGAAUUUAGGUACACCAAAUGAUGCAUUAAUGAAAAUUUUCAAUAUUGCAAUUCAAGUAUAUAAUCAACAUAAUAAACCAAUUGUGUUUGAUCCAGUAGCAUGUGGAGCAACGAAAGCAAGGUUGGAAAGUAGUAGAAUCUUGUUGAAUUCAGGUCAAGUAACAGUUAUAAAAGGUAAUGUUGGUGAAAUACUGAGUAUUUGGAAAUUAACAAGUGGAUAUCAAGCAUCAAAGGAAGAUGCAGCAUUAAUGAGAGGUGUUGAUUCAGUUGCAGAUUUAAAUGAAGAAAAGAUAAUUAAAAUUGCAAAGGAAGUAGCUCUUGAUUUUAAAACUAUUGUUGUUGUUACUGGUAAAACAAAUUACAUAGUGGAUAAUCAUAGAAAAUGGACAAUAGAAGGAGGCAGUAAGUUGAUGGGAUUAAUCACUGGGUCAGGGUGCUCACUUGGUAGUUGUAUUGGUGCUUUUUUAGGAGCUAAAGCUGGUACAUCAUUUGAUGCUUUUAAUUCUACAGUUGCAGCUGUUGAAUUGUAUAAUAAAGCUGGAUCAGAAGCAGCUAAAUCCACAGAUGCUCCUGGUUCAUUUAUGGCUAAAUUUCAAGAUGAAUUAUAUAAACUUACUCAUUAA